CCCCACCACACACACACACACACACACACACAGAAGAGCAACUCUGGAUCUCCCUCCUAGGCCCUUCCUUCAUGGCCUCAUCCUCUCCCUGGUCCUCCCAGGUGAGUGCCCACGCCUGCUGUCACCAUGACGACCAUUCACCACGAGCAGAUGCUGCAGGAGCACGUGUCCAUGGAGUUCUCCAGCUCCACCACCCACGUGCAGACCUUCUCCCAGACAACCAGGAUCGUGGGAGAGGAAGUCGUGACCAGGAAGUCCUCGAGCACUGUAGAGUUCUUCAGCUUGGUGACUCGGAGUACUGACAUCCCUGCAGGCGAGAGCGUCCCCGAGUUCGUGGAGAAGCCUCACCCGGUCACCGCGCCCGAGGGGGAUAAAGCUGUGUUCCGAGCCCGGGUGCAGGGGAACCCCAAACCCAACGUCUCCUGGAAGAGGGAGAGCGGCAUCCCCAUCAAGGAGUCGGCCAAGAUGUUCUACGACAGCAUCAACAAGGAGCACGUGCUGAAGCUGGAGCCACUGACCUCCGGUGACUCUGACAACUACAAGUGCAUUGCAAGCAAUGACCAUGCAGAUGCCAUCUACACUGUGUCCUUGCUGGUGACAGAAGGUCAUGAAAAAAUGGAUUUCAAAAAGAUGUUGAAGAAGAGGGGACUCCCUGCUCCCAAGAAGCAGCAGAAGAAGGGGAUAGGUGAGAAAGAGAUGCUGGAGAUUUUGUCCAAGGUACCCAAGAAGGACUUUGAGAAGGUCUGCAUGGAGUAUGGUUUCACUGAUUUCCGGGGGCUGCUCAAGAAGCUCAAAGAGAUGAAGAAAGUGGAGGUGGAGACCAUCCGGAUUCUGAAGCCCCUGGAAGACAUAGAGACCAAGAUUGACACCACUGUGGUCUUUGACUGCAUCAUGGAGCUGAAGGACCCCAAUGUCAAGAUGAUAUGGAUGAAGGAUAAUGAGCCACUGAGGAUCCAGUACUCCCUAGGCAAGUAUGAUGUGAAGCAGAUAGGCACCAAGUACAUGCUGGUUAUUACCAAUGUGAACAUGAACGACGCAGGAACCUACAGCCUGUCCGUGGGUGACAAGAAGAUGAGAGCAGAGCUCACAGUGCUGGAUGAGCCACUGAAGUUCUUGGGAGAGAUGACACCAAUGAAGGUGACAGAGCGCCAGACAGCUGUUUUUGAGAUCCGCCUUUCCAAGAAAGUGCCCAACUUUGUGUGGAAGUUCAAUGGGAAGGAGCUGAAGAGGGAUGAAAAGUAUGAAAUCACUGUGUCUGAGGAUGGUCUGACCCACACACUGAAGAUUAAGGAUGCCAGACUCAGUGAUGCCGGCGAGUUCUCUGCUGAGGCGGGGGACCUGGUACAGAAAGCCCAGCUCACUAUUGACCGCAUCCCCAUCAAGUUUGUGAGAACCCUAAAGAACGUACGUGUGAAAGAGAGGAGCCGUGCCUGCCUUGAGUGUGAGCUGACCUCCAAGGACGUGACGCUGUACUGGAAGAAGGAUGGGCGGCUGCUGGAGCGCAGCACCAAGUACAGCAUGGGCCAUGAGGGCAAGCGAGCAGAGCUGGUCAUUGAGGACGCACAGCUCAGUGACAGUGGCGAGUACACCGUGGUGGCCAUGCAGGACGGAGACCCCACUGAAUACUACAGUACUGCUGUGGUCACCGUGGAGGAGCGUCUGGCCACCGUGAAGAGCGGGAUGUCCGACGUGCAUGCGGCCACCGGGAGCCCAGCUGAACUGUGCGUGGUGCUGAACGACGAGAAGGUGGAGGGCGUGUGGCUCAAGGAUGGCAAGGAGAUCACGGACUUGCCCGGCGUGCAGAUCGUGAAGCAGGGUGCAGUGCACAAGCUCAUCUUCCCCAGUAUGGGCCCGGAGCACGAGGGCAAGUACACCUUCCGGGCCAAGGGCGCAGAGAGCGAGGCCUCCGUAUUCAUUGCAGAUCCACCUACCAUCGACCCGUCGGUGCUGGAGGCGCUGGCCGCGCACCCCGUGACUGUGAAGGUGGGCCACACGGCAAACAUCAAGGUGCCCUUCCGGGCGAAGCCGCUGCCCAAAGUGACGUGGUACAAGGACGGCAUGGAGGUGACAGAAGAGGAACGUGUGUCCAUGGAGCGCGGGGAAGACCAGGCGCUGCUCACCAUCUCCAACUGCGUGCGUGAGGACAGUGGCCUCGUUCUGCUCAAGCUCAAGAAUGACUAUGGCACAGCCACAGCCACUCUGCACCUCAGCGUGCUGGACCGUCCGAAACCUCCCCAGGGCCGGGUGGAAUUUCUGGAACUCUCGGGUAAUUGUGUGCACAUGAAGUGGAAGGCCCCCAAAGACAACGGUGGGCGGCCUGUGACCCAGUUCAUAGUGGAACGGAGGAUGGUCGGCAAGAAGUCCUGGAUUAAGAUAGGCGAGGUGGACAGCAAACUCACGAAAUUUGCCACCAACAAGGUAGAAGAGGGAAAAGCCUACCAGUUUCGUAUCCUGGCGGUUAAUUCAGAAGGAGUGAGCGACCCUCUGGAAACAGAUGAAGUGUUUGCAGGAAAUCCCAUUGAGCCCCCUGGUCUUGCCUCCCAGCCUCAAGUGACUGAUGUGACCAAAGACAGCAUGACCAUCACAUGGAAUGUCCCUACCCAGGAUGGGGGAGCCCCAGUGCUCGGCUACAUUGUGGAGCGGAGGAAGAAAGGCAGUAGCCUCUGGGUGCCGGUCAACAAGGAGCCCAUCCAAGGUGAGGUCCUAGGGAGAGAGGCUCAGGAGGACCAAGAGAGGCUUUGCUGGGUGGACCUGUGUACUUCUGCUGCCCUGAACAUACUCUGUUCCCCAACUCCUUUGAGGAUUUUCAUAGCAUCCCGCCACCCCCUAAUCCAUGCCCUCUCACCCUAUGGUCUCCCAUCUCAUGGACCCCCUGGCCUCAGGACCCCUCAAACUCCCAUUUCAGAUACCAAGUGCACUGUGGAUGGUCUCCUGGAAGACACAGAAUAUGAAUUCCGAGUUAUAGCUGUGAAUAAGGCAGGCCCUGGACAGCCCAGUAUGGCAUCCAGCUCAGUGGUAGCCAAGGACCCUGUCAAGCCCCCAGGCCUGGUGCAGGGUCUGCACGUGUCUGAUUCCUCCAACUCCAGUAUCUCCCUGGCCUGGCGGGAGCCUGCAGAGGGAGACCCACCUUCUGGCUACAUCCUUGAGAUGCGGGCCGAAGACACUAAGGAGUGGUCCAAGUGCACAAAGAUCCCCAUCUCAGGCACCUGCUACACAGUGGGAGGCCUCACCGAGAGGCAGAAAUACUUCUUCCGAAUCCGGGCUGUGAAUGAGGCUGGGGUUGGGGAGCCUGUGGAACUGGAUGAGGGGGUUCGUGCCAUGCCACCACCAGCUGCCCCCAAGUUUGAUCUCAGUGCCCGACUGAAGAGUCACAUGGUGGUUCGUGCUGGGACAGCCCUCUGCAUCCAUGCUGCCUUCUCUGGCUCACCACCACCUAACGUGAUCUGGCAGAAAGACGGCAUCCCCACCAAGGGCAGGGAAACCAUCAUCAAGGGCAAAAACCAUUCUCAGUUCCUCAUCAACAGCACCAAGCGCUCUGAUUCAGGGGUGUACCGCAUCUUGCUCCAGAAUGAGUUUGGAGAGGCAUCCUAUGACAUCCACGUGCGUGUGGCAGAUUUUCCGCGGCCGCCCACAAACCUACAGCUGUUUGAGGAGGUCCCCAACACGGUGACUCUGACCUGGAACCACAGCCCUGACAUCCAGGAGGAUAGUGAGGCCCACUACGUCAUCAUGAAGCGGGAUGCCAGCAGCCCCACCUGGUUCACAGCAGCGGAGCGCGUCUUCAGCAACAAGUACACGGUGACCGGGUUACUCCCUGGCAGGAAGUACUACUUCCGAGUAGUGGCCCGGAACGAAAUCGGUGACAGUGACCCACUCGACUCCAAGGAUACCUGGCUCAUCGUCAAGGACAAGAUCGAGGACCUGAGCGCCAAGCUGAAGCCGUAUGAGCAGAAGGACUGGCGCCACGCACCGCGCUUCCUGAUCCCACUCAAGCCGCACACGGUGCUGCGCGGCCAGGACUGCACCAUGACGUGCGCCUUCCUUGGGAACCCGCGGCCCACGGUGACCCUCUACAAGGGCGACGUCAACAUCACGGCCAACUCCAAGUUCUGGUACAACUCCACCAGCGGGGUGUGCACGAUCGUCAUCCCCACCUGCACGCUCAAGGACAGCGGGGAGUACAGCGUGCUGGUGGAGAACGAGCUGGGCACGGACCGCAGCAGCUGCGCGCUCACGGUCUACGACAAGGAUGACAAGUCAAUUCUAGCGUCAGUCACCGAGAGUCUGCAGAAGAAGUCCAAGCACCUUAUGUGA